CAAAAUCCCAAUCUCCAUUCUCUCCAUUUUGCAGUUCUCUUUCCAUCUUGCUUCAAAAACCAGUUCGUCGCUUUCCCGCGGAUUCUCCCCUUCUUCGGCUUCCAAUUGGGUUGCCCUAAUUCCGCAAAUCGCUUCUGGGUACUCGCGACAUAAAAUCAGAGAUCCAUUUCCGUCUGAAUUCGCCUAUUCGUCGGUCGCAGAAACUCGAAUUCAGUUGCUUCAUAAGCUCCCAUGGCUGCGGACAGCAACUGACCAACGUCGCGGCUACCUUCAGAAAAGGGAGUCAAUCCCUAUACCCGAGUUCCAUUUACACUCGGUAACUCUUCUUAUUCAGUUAUUGCUUUCCUUUUGGGAUUCUUUUUUCACGUUCUCCGUGCGGAGAUGGUCGCCAUGCGGCCUGUUCUAGGGUUUAGCUGAUUCAUUCCCACCUUGGCUUGGUUAGUUGACAAUGGUAGGAUAACUGAAGGAUUGAUACAAAAGGGUAUGAUAUGUUAACUCUACGAGAAGGUGAGGAAAUGGCACCUACUGUGGAUCAGGUACCAAUUGAAGAUGGUGACGGUACUGGUUCUCCCAAAAGGGCCGUUCUUCCAUUGUUUGACGCUGCUGGUCCAGACUUUGAGCCAAGCAAUGGGAUCGAGUUCGACUCACAUGAAGCAGCCUAUACAUUUUAUCAAGAGUAUGCGAAAUCUAUGGGGUUCACCACGUCAAUUAAGAAUAGUAGAAGGUCCAAGAAAUCGAAGGAGUUCAUUGAUGCUAAGUUCGCCUGUUCAAGGUAUGGAGUUACUCCGGAAUCAGAAAGUGGGAACAGUAGGCGGUCAAGUAUGAAGAAGACGGAUUGCAAAGCCAGCAUGCAUGUUAAGAGAAGGGCAGGAGAUGGUAAAUGGAUUAUUCAUGAAUUUGUUAAGGAGCAUAAUCAUGAGCUUUUGCCAGCUCUAGCUUAUCAUUUCAGAAUUCAUCGGAAUGUUAAGUUAGCGGAAAAGAACAACAUUGACAUCUUGCAUGCAGUGAGUGAAAGAACAAGAAAGAUGUAUGUUGAGAUGACUAGGCAAUCUGGUGGGUAUCGAAAUUUCAGCGAUUUCCAGAUUGAAAUGAAUGGAGAGUCUGAGCAAGGAGGUCGUCACUUGGCUUUGGAUGAGGGAGAUGCACAGGUACUACUUGAAUAUUUCAAGCGUGUCAAAAGGGAGAACACAAACUUCUUCUACGCGAUAGAUUUGAACGAGGAGCAGCGUCUGAGAAACUUGUUCUGGGUUGAUGGGAAAGUUCGGAAUGAUUACACCAGUUUUACUGAUGCUGUUUCUUUUGAGACGUUCUAUGUAAAAUAUCAUGAGAAGUUGCCAUUUGCCCCCUUUGUUGGGGUGAACCAUCAUUCUCAGCCAAUAUUACUUGGGUGUGCAUUAAUUGCAGAUGAAUCAAGAUCAACAUUUGGAUGGUUGUUGAGAACAUGGCUUAGGGCAAUGGGUGGAAAAUCACCGAAAGUUAUAGUCACUGACCUCGACAAAAACUUAAAGGCAGCUAUUGAGGAAGUCUUACCCAGUACCCGUCAUUGCUUUUCUCUAUGCCAUAUACUGGAAAAGGUCCCUGAAGCUCUGUCUCUUGUGAUAAAGAAGAAUGAGAAGUUCUUAUCAAAAUUCAAGAAGUGCAUAUUUAAAUCAUGGACAGAGGAACAGUUUGAUAUGAGGUGGUGGAAGAUGGUCAGCAGAUUUGAGCUACAAGAAGAUGAGUGGAUCCGGAAUUUGUAUGAUGAUCGUAAGCGUUGGGUGCCUACGUAUGUUGGUGAUACUUUUCUAGCUGGGCUAUCUGCAACUCAACGUAGCGAAACUAUUAAUUAUUUCCUUGAUAAGUAUAUUCACAGGAAAAUGACCCUGAAAGAGUUCAUGAAGCAAUAUGGAACAAUUCUUCAAAAUAGAUAUGAAGAAGAGUCUAUUGCGGACUUCGACACCUUGCAUAAACUACCUGCCUUGAAAUCUCCAUCUCCUUGGGAGCGACAAAUGUCGACAGUUUACACACAUACGAUAUUCAAGAAGUUUCAAGUAGAGGUUUUGGGUGUGGUUGGUUGCCAUCCUAAAAGGGAAGGUGAAGAUGGAAGCACGGUGACAUACAGAGUUCAGGACUGCGAGAAGGAUGAAAGUUUCUUGGUCUUGUGGAAUCAAACAAACUUGGAAGUUUCUUGUAUGUGCCACUUGUUCGAGUACAAGGGUUUCCUUUGUAGACAUGCAUUGAUUGUUCUCCAAAUAUGUGGUCUCUCAAGCAUUCCUCCUCGCUACAUUUUGAAACGGUGGACCAAAGAUGCGAAGACCAGGGAACAAACGGAAGGAGGAGAGCAUCUGAUAACUAGGGCGCAUCGCUAUAAUGAACUAUGCAAGUUAGCCAUUGAGAUGAGUGAGGAAGGGUCGCUAUCAGAGGAGAGUUUUACCAUUGCUUACAGAACUCUAGUAGAGACUUUGAAGAAUUGCGUGAAUACAAAUAAUUGUAAUAAUAGUGCAUUUGAAUCUAGUGGCAAUGCUCAAGCCCCUCAUGAAGUAGAGGUAAACCAUGUAAAUGUUUCUACCAAGCCAAGUAAGAAGAAGAAUCCUAUCAGAAAAAGGAAGGUACAAUCGGAUUCAGAAGCUAUGGUCAUGGAGGCACAAGAUGAGAUGCAGCAAACUGAAACUCUAAGUUCGGAUGGGGUUCCACUUAAUGGUUAUUUUGUUGCUCAACAGGUACAACUAAACUUGAUGGAUCCGCCUCCUGAUGCUUAUUUUGUCAGUCAGCCAAGCAUGCAGACACUGGGACCACUAAAUUCAAUACCCUCGAGCAGUGAUGGAUAUUUUACCGGACACGGUUUGGGCUCAUUUGAUUUCCGGAAUCCAAGUGCUUUCAGCUACAGCUUGCAGGAUGAUUCUCAUUUGAGAUCUUCUUCACAGUUGCAUGGAAGCUCUUCAAGACAUGCAUAAUGGAUCGGAGAUAUGUCCAGAUGCUAACUGGUUCCCUAGUUUAUUGACUUGUUACCUGAAUUUCAACUGUUAAUUGUUUAAUUAACUGGUGGAAAUAGGUCCUUUGUAAGGUAAUUUAAUCAUUUAGUACCUCUGAUCGUAGAUAUUGAACACUUAACACCCUUAGGACAUCAAUCAACUGAAUUAUCCUGUGCAUAAGGUUGUCAUUGUUGUCAGCGAUCACGUCUCUGUAAAAACUCCGACCCUUAUGAUGUUUUCAUGAAUUCGUUUUCUCUGUAGUAAGAAAGAAAUCUGGGAAGAGAAAUUUGUAGCAUCGCUUGCAAGUAGCAGGUGAAGCUGGAAGAGAAAUCUGACAUCAUGGAGAAGCAGAUAUUGUUGAUUUACAGCUCCAUCUGAUUCAUGUGUUCUGUAGAAUGUAGAUUAAUCUUUUGUAAUGUAUACAUGUGGUCAUUUAGUUCUUUAAAUGUAUCUUACAUGUGAUUAACAUGUGAAUCUGCCUCACCAUGUUCUAACUCGUAAUUAACUGUGCAACUGCUACUUUCAUAUCUCAACU